UCCCUCAGCUCAUACUAAUGCCUUUACCCCCAAUCAGAGACACAGCCACAAGCACCACAGCUGUUGCACUCUGAGGAAUAAACGGAGAAUUAUCAGUAGAGGGAGUUCAGGUUGUGAUGUCCGCAUCUAGGUUUGACCGUGUGAGGGAAAUGCCUCUCUAUGACCAGGUCCCAGUGGGUCCUGGAUGGAGGGACACUGAACUGCCCCCUCUCCCACCCCCACCACUACUACAUGUGACUGUGCCAGCAGUCAGCUUAGAUCCCUUCCCCCCUCCUCCCCUACCUGAGCAGCCAGCUGUGGGGCCUGAAUCUUUCUAUCCCUCCAGUGAUGAGGAACCAGCUGAGGGGGACUGUGAAGCAAUGGACAUCAAGCCAGUUCGUCGCUUUAUUCCCGAUUCUGUCAAAAACCUUUUCCGGGGCAACAGUGGGAGCCGAAGCAGCAAAGGGUGGCCUGUUACUUCUUCUACACAGCCUCACUCCCCUGCCCCAUCAGCCAAUAAGAAUACCACCUGCCACACCACAACAGGAGUCCCCUGCUCACCACCCAACUCUGCCCCUCCAUCUCCUUCGCUUCCUGGCUCCUAUCGGGACCCCUACGGUGGGUCAGGGUGGGGUUAUACCUCUCAAAAGGAGAAAGAUGGAUUGAUGCUGGGUGCUGAAGCUAUGGACUUGGGUUCUGCAGUGCACAGUAAUUUCUCAGCCCAGACCUACCAGGAGCGGGUGGAGGAGUACCAUCAGCGCUAUGCCUACAUGAAGUCUUGGGCUGGCCUACUCAGGAUCCUGGGUUGUGUGCAGUUGCUACUUGGAGCUGCUGUGUUUGCAUGUGUCUGUGCUUAUGUGCACAAGGAUAAUGAAUGGUUUAAUAUGUAUGGAUACUCCCAGCCACAGAUGUAUGGAGGACUUGGUGGAGGGGCUUCAGCAUAUGGAAAUGGGGGAAGUAUCUACACAGGUCCCAAAACGCCUUUUGUUCUUGUAGUGGCAGGGAUAGCAUGGAUAGUGACUGUAAUCCUUGUUGUUCUUGGAAUGACUCUGUACUACAGAGCCAUUCUUCUUGAUUCCUCUUGGUGGCCACUGACAGAGUGCUCUAUCAACUUUGUAUUGGCAGUGCUGUAUAUGGCAGCAGGUAUAGUGUAUGUAAGAGACACAACCAGAGGAGGACUAUGCUACAUGCCCAUCUUCAAUAAUGGAGUCAAUGGUGCAUUUUGUCGCACAGAGGCUGGCCAAACAGCAGCCAUAGUCUUCCUGUUCCUCACCAUGGUGCUCUACUUUAUCAGUGCAGGAGUUUGUCUGAAGCUGUGGAGGCACGAAGCAGCCAGGAUGAGAAAGGAGGUGCUGGCACAGGAGAUGAAAACCACUGGAUCAUCCAUCCCACUGUCUGUACUGGAUUCAGCCUCAAGAGCCUCAGAGACGACACCUCUUCCUACCAUUCAGCCUGACAUUAUGAAUGCUCCAAACAAUGCUGGAUCUGCUCCUCUCAUGGCAGCAGAACCAGAGAUUCUUCGAGGUCACAUACCAUCUGGAUAUAUUCCCAAACCUGUCAUCAUAGCAGAUUAUGUUGCAAAGUAUCCCAGCAUCCUCUCGGAUGAGGAGAGGGAUCAGUAUAAGGCCGUCUUCAAUGACCAGUAUGCUGAAUACAGAGAGCUUCAUGCUGAAGUCCAGAUCAUGGCUAAGAAGUUUGAAGAGAUGGAUGAGAUGAUGCAGAAUCUCCCCUCAAGGCCCUCAAGUCAAAUGGAGAAAGAACGGAUUAGUAGCAUCUUAUCAGAAUAUGAAAGGAAGAAAGCUGACCCAACUUAUUUGGAAAAAAGGGAGCGUUGUGAGUACUUAAAAAGCAAGCUGUCCCACAUCAAACAGAAGAUUCAGGAGUACAACAAUACCAUGGACUAGGGUGUUAGAAACAUUCAUGUCUGUAAUCACUUUUCUUUAAAAAUACUUUGUUGUAUAAAAGAACAAUUAAAGUUAGUAACUUGUAUCUGCUCAUUGUUGUGCCUUAAUUGUAUUAGCCUACGUUUGAAAGAGUCCCAUCAUAUGGAUGUGCUUCAGGCAUGGAAACAUGGAUUGAUUUCAUUUGAGCCUGUGUCUGUACUAACACAUGGAAUGGUGUAUUCAGCAAAGUGUGGGCAAGGUUACACUGAGGAAAACAUUUUAUGUGGAUGUAAAACAGACAUAAACAUAACUUGUUGCUCAUUGAACACAGAUUUGUCCGAGAUCUCAACUUCACGUCUGCUUGAUGAUUAGUACCUUUAAACACACUAAAGUCAAUGUUCACUUUUAAUCAGAAUACAAAAAAAAUAUGUAAUCUGUCCGAUAGAAAUGCAGAAAUGAACAGUUCCUUAACAGUUUCAACAGUGAUAUAAAUCUAACCUUAAGAGCACAGAACACACCAUGUCAUUAUCAAUGAACAAACAGAACAGAAAGAUUACAAAAAAUUAUGUACAUUCCUGAAACGCCUAUAAUUUUUUACUACCAUGACUGUUUUUGCAGCUGUUUUGUGGUGAAGCAGCUCAUCUGUUGUAUUAUACAAUGUAAUAUAAUGCCUUUUCAAACAUUGUUGUGAACCAAACCCUGUGCUGUAGUUCUGCAGACUACAGAUCAGGACUGAUGCAAAAUGUGAGAUUUAUCUUGUUUUCAGUGCAACUCUACUGUUAACUUUACUGUUAAGUCCUAUAUGUGUGUAUUUUGUGUCAGAUGUGGUUUUGUUUUAUAACCUGGUGUUUUUUUUAUAAGAACUCUAGAAUACUUUCCUAUAACAGAUGUGUGUUCUGGGGGACUCUGAUGUGUUUGUCUGACUGAGUUAUGACGGGAUUUUGUGUGAUAGAACUCAGAAAACAUUAGUAUUGUACAAACAUUUUAAGGCAGUCAGGAGGAGCCUAUUAAUUGAUCAAUUUAUUUAAUAUGUACUGUCAAGAAAACCUGAGCUCAUCCCACUUCCCCAUGCUGGAGAUUUAAGUUUAACA